GAGGAAAACAGAGUCGGUUCAUUGACUAGAGAAAGAGCUGCAUGUGGAAAAAAAAAAUGCUCUGCAACAUCUUUUAGCUUCGCCAUGACUACAUUAUGUGUCCAGAAACGAAAACUAGAGGCGGCGAGGCUUUAGACAAAGUACUUUGUUGGAGUCUCAACUUCUACACCCACGUCAUUGUAUUUGUUAUCAAGUCUCGUAGGUGUCUCUGAUUUGUAAACGGUCUGACUGCCAAAACACUCCAGCGGUAGCAUGUGACAGAUAUAAAUAGAUGAGAUGCUUGUGGAGGUCCGUGUUACCUUCCUCCUGUCUUCAGGCUUCCUGAGCUGCUACCAACUUGGCUCAUGUUAUCACACGACUGGACCAAACAGUGUUGGAUGACAGGGGGCCACUCCCAGUGGUUUGAAGGAAAAUGUACUACAGAAGAAAAGACAGUGGUUCCACUUUGACCUGUGGUUCUGUCUGACUCUGCAGAACUGGGUACUGGACUUCGGAAGGCCUAUUGUCAUGAUCAUCCUUCCUCUGGAAUGGUUUCCCCUGAACAAGCCCAGUGCUGGAGACUAUUUCCACAUGGCCUACAACGUCAUAACACCAUUCCUAAUGCUCAAGCUGAUCGAGCGCAGUCCCAGUGCCCUGCCUCGCUCAACGGUCUACCUCAGCAUCAUCACUUUUGUCAUGGGAGCCAGCAUCCACCUGGUGGGAGACUCCAUCAACCACCGGCUCAUCCUGAGUGGCUACCAGCUCCACCUGUCAGUCAGAGAGAACCCCAUCAUCAAAGACCUGAAACCUGCUUCACUGAUCGACUCCUUUGAGCUGCUGUAUUAUUAUGAUGAGCAGCUGGGACACUUGAUGUGGUAUAUUCCUUUCUUCAUCAUUCUGUUCAUCUACUUCACCGGCUGCUUCACCGAGGUACAAGAACAGAAAAAGAUGCCUGUUUCUGGUUGGCUGUUGCUUGGACCCAGCGCUCUAUACUACUGGUACUUGGUCACUGAAGGACAAAUCACUGAACUUUUCCUCCUCACCUUCCUUGCCAUGGUUGCCAUGGUGAUAUAUCAACAGUGUAAAGGCCUCAGCCCAGACAGCAAUGGCCUGUUCCUGUUCUGUAGUUUCAGUGUGACUGUGCUCCUGGUAGCACUGUGGGUAGGCUAUCUGUGGAACGACCCUGUGCUACGCAACAAGUACCCCGGACUCAUUUAUGUGCCAGAACCCUGGUCCUACUACACCCUACACAUCAAGAAUGACGACUGACUACACCUGUCCAGCCAGAUUUCCUGCUACAGUGGUUGCACUUGGACAACAACAAUUGGUGCAGAUUGUUGAUGUGCACCAGCCUCGCUUCAAACACAAGGUUCUGCCAGCUUCAUAAGGGAAUCUCUUCUAUUUCUAUUUUCUCUAUCUAGAUCAACUCAAGGUGAAUAUACAGUGUGUAUGGUAUAUUCUUAUAAAUUCUUACUUUGCUUACCCUCAUCAGUGAAUCCAGUCCAGUCAUUAAGAUGGCAAUCAAUCUUGACUGAUUAACUUAAAAAUACAUAUAUAUAUAUAUAUAUAUAUAUAUAUAUAUAUAUAUAUAAAUUUUAUGUUAUGUAGCACUUGUCAAGUGAGAUAAAUUAACUAAACAGCUUGAAAAUAGUAAAAAAACAACAAUUUAUAUGAAAAAAAAAGUUCUGCAAAAAUGAUACAGCAGCCUCUGUAUCAAUACAAAGCCAAGAAAUAAAAAACCAAGAUAGAAGAGAAUUUUAAAAUAGCAAAGUCUGUUUGUAACAUCACCAAGCAGUUUUGUGUAAACAGCGCGAUCUGUUGGUUAUUAUUUUUAAUUAAAAACAACAAUAUUAAAUGGAAGACUCUUUGAAAGCUAUAAUUUAAUGAAAAAAAUAAACAUUUGCUCAGGUAUUUAAAGGUGCUUUAAGCAAGUUUUUGUUAUUGCUACAUAGCAUCUUUAGCUAUUUACUUGCCACUAUGCUAACUCUUUUUUACUUUUUAUAUCACUUCUUUUCCCGAAGUUAGCAUGUUAAGCAGCUAGCUCCAGCCCGUCACUGCAGUGUCCAGUCUGCCCUCCACUUGACAUGAGAGGAUGAAGUAGCACUGAUCACAGGGUGUAUUCUAACUUCUUGUCUUGUAAACGAGGGCUGAAGCUAAGUUUGGCAGGUUUUGUUAAAAUGUAUAUUGUCAUUCAUUUAAACAUGAGAGCUGUGAACUGUUUCUACUAGUUUCCGUUUGUUGUUAUGGUACUAUUUAAGAGUUGACAUUUGAUUUAUAGCAUAGCCCUAUUGCCAACAUACAAUAUACUGUUUUUAACUACAUUUACUGAGUUUAAGUAACACACAAUUUUCAAUGUUCACAAUGAAAUCUAUUGUGCAGAUGCUUUAACACUACCUGAAGAGAUAUUUUUAAGAUGCAAAUCAAAACUCAUUUUUUAUGAAAGCAGAAUUUAACUGAUAAGUUGUUACUUUGCUGAUUUUUACAUGUUGAGUGUAUGUCUUUGCCUUUAGAGUUACUGUUCUUAAUGUAAAAUUGCCAUUGUUAAUGUUUUGUACAGUAUUGUUCCUUUACAUAAGAUCAGUUUGUUGCUUGGAAAAAACUGUGUAGUUAUGGUUUAGUUACUGGUUCCUCACUGGUUUGGUCUGUUCAUGUUAAUUAAAAUGUUAAAAUUGA